AAUCUCCUUCAAUAAAACCCAAUCAUCUUCCUUUCUUCGUCACUCAGCCCAGCCCCCACAGACUUCGGAGAGAGAGGAAGAGAAUCACAUGGCUUCUUCCACCUCCAUCUCCCUCAUCCUGCUCCUCAUCGCCGUCGUCGCUGGCGCAUCAUCGGCGACCACUUUUUCCGACGAGAAUCCGAUCAGGACAGUCGUAUCGGAUGCUCUUCUUCGCGACUUCGAGACCUCCGUUCUCAAAGUCAUCGGCCACUGUCGUCACGCCCUCUCCUUUGCUCGAUUCGCCCACAGGUAUGGAAAGAGCUACGAGACUCCCGAAGAAAUGAAGCUACGGUUCUCGAUUUUCUCGGAGAACUUGAAGCUCAUCAAAUCGCACAACAAAAAGAAACUUUCCUACACUCUUGGUGUCAAUCACUUUUCCGAUUGGACCUGGGAAGAGUUCCGCAAACAUAGGUUGGGAGCUGCUCAAAACUGUUCUGCCACCACAAGGGGAAAUCACAAGCUCACUGAUGAAGUUCUUCCUAAUUCGAAAGACUGGAGAGUGACAGGAAUAGUCAGCCCAGUCAAAGAUCAAGGCCACUGCGGAUCUUGCUGGACUUUCAGCACCACAGGGGCUCUGGAGGCAGCUUACAAGCAGGCAUUUGGAAGGGCAAUCUCUCUAUCAGAACAGCAGCUUGUGGAUUGUGCAGGAGCUUUUAAUAACUUUGGCUGCAAUGGUGGGUUGCCAUCCCAAGCCUUUGAGUAUAUCAAAUACAAUGGGGGUCUUGACACGGAGGAAGCAUACCCUUACACUGCAAAAGACGGCGCUUGCAAAUUUUCUUUUGAAAAUGUUGGUGUCCAAGUUCUUGACUCUGUCAACAUUACCCUGGGUGCUGAAGAUGAACUAAAGCAUGCUGUAGCAUUUGUCCGGCCAGUGAGUGUGGCAUUUCAGGUGGUGGAUGGCUUCCGAUCGUACAAGGAUGGAGUUUACACCAGUGACACAUGUGGCAAGACUCCAAUGGAUGUGAACCAUGCUGUUCUUGCUGUUGGGUAUGGAGUUGAAAAUGGUAUCCCAUACUGGCUUAUUAAGAACUCGUGGGGAGGAGACUGGGGCGAUAAUGGCUACUUCAAAAUGGAGAUGGGGAAAAACAUGUGUGGUGUUGCAACUUGUGCAUCAUACCCAAUUGUUACAUAAUUGUUCUUCAAGAAAUGACUUCUUUCAGAGUUUCACUGAGAGAAUCCCGGUAUGAAGUCAUCUGGCUUGUGUCUAAAAUGUAGUAAUUUUCCAUCUAUAAGGUGAAGAAGGGUCAUGUUGUAAUGAUCUUUGAUAGUUCAGAUUUAAUGUACAAAAUAAGAACAGAGCUAAUAUUGUUGCUGGACUUUGUUGUACCCGAAAGACACUUAAAUUUCCUUCAUGAAUAUGAAUGCUUUAUGUUGAUCUCUUGAAUGGA